AGCAAAAAGCGACUAGUCCACUUCAGAGCAGCUCAUUUAGUGUGUGAUCGUCAAGGAGUACAGCUGUCUCGGCGUUCUUUGUGUCUUUCUGUGCUCUGAAGAAAGAAGCAGCAGAAAAAAUAAGAGUGAAGUGUUUUAAGAAAAAAACAGCUAAAAAGACAAGGUUUUCGCGUUUUCGUGAAAAACCCGCAAGUUUUAAAAACUCGAAUCUAAGCAGCCCUCGCCAAAGGCUACCCAGUUUUCUCAGUUUUAUUUGUUAAGAAACAAAACCCUAUUUCAAAAUGAGAGAAAUCGUCCACAUCCAAGCCGGCCAGUGCGGAAACCAAAUUGGAGCCAAGUUUUGGGAAAUCAUCUCCGACGAGCAUGGAAUCGACGCCACCGGAGCAUACCACGGCGACUCAGACCUGCAGCUGGAACGCAUCAACGUGUACUACAAUGAAGCCUCCGGCGGCAAAUACGUGCCACGCGCCGUGCUAGUCGAUCUGGAACCCGGUACCAUGGACUCCGUCCGCUCGGGACCAUUCGGACAGAUCUUCCGCCCGGACAACUUCGUCUUCGGACAGUCCGGUGCCGGUAACAACUGGGCCAAGGGACACUACACCGAGGGCGCCGAACUGGUCGAUUCAGUGUUAGAUGUCGUCCGCAAGGAAGCCGAAUCGUGCGAUUGCCUGCAGGGAUUCCAGCUGACCCACUCGCUCGGCGGUGGUACCGGUUCCGGUAUGGGCACACUGUUGAUCUCGAAAAUCCGUGAAGAAUACCCCGACAGAAUCAUGAACACAUACUCAGUUGUCCCCUCGCCAAAAGUAUCAGACACAGUCGUAGAACCCUACAACGCCACCCUCUCAGUUCACCAGCUGGUCGAAAACACCGACGAGACGUACUGUAUCGACAAUGAAGCCCUGUACGACAUCUGCUUCCGCACCCUAAAACUCACAACCCCAACCUACGGUGAUCUGAACCAUCUCGUGUCUCUAACCAUGUCUGGAGUAACCACCUGUCUGCGAUUCCCCGGUCAGCUGAAUGCCGAUCUGCGAAAACUGGCCGUCAACAUGGUUCCCUUCCCACGUCUGCACUUCUUCAUGCCAGGAUUCGCCCCACUGACCUCCCGCGGAUCGCAACAGUACCGUGCCCUGACCGUUCCAGAACUGACCCAGCAGAUGUUCGAUGCCAAGAACAUGAUGGCUGCCUGCGACCCACGACACGGACGUUACCUGACAGUCGCCGCCGUUUUCCGUGGCCGCAUGUCGAUGAAGGAAGUCGAUGAACAGAUGCUGAACAUCCAAAACAAGAACAGCAGCUACUUCGUUGAAUGGAUCCCCAACAACGUCAAGACCGCCGUCUGUGAUAUUCCUCCCCGAGGACUGAAGAUGUCCGCCACCUUCAUCGGCAACUCGACCGCCAUCCAGGAACUGUUCAAGCGUAUCUCCGAACAAUUCACCGCUAUGUUCCGUCGUAAGGCUUUCUUGCAUUGGUACACUGGCGAGGGUAUGGAUGAGAUGGAAUUCACUGAAGCCGAGAGCAACAUGAACGAUCUGGUGUCCGAAUAUCAGCAGUACCAGGAAGCCACCGCCGACGAGGAUGCUGAAUUCGACGAAGAACAGGAAGCUGAGGUUGACGAAAACUAAGCUAAUUGAGCUCUCACUCACACACACACGAACCUGCCUCUCCUCCUGUACCAAUUUCCCCCUCCCCUCAAAAAGGGAAACUCUACUCUCUCAUUCCAAACAAAUUUCCUCUAUCUGCGCCACUUCUACUAAUCCUAAAAAGUACCAUCUCAAAGAGAAUGCAACGUUCUUUUUUCGAAAAGAAAAAACGAAAAAGUAUCGAUCAGGGAGAA